ACUCAAAAUGAAAAUACGAAAUACGCCAUGAAGUGAAAAUUUGAAUGAAGACAAACAGUUUCCAAUUUUUCUAAACCAGAGAAUCAUCAGCUCAAAUCGAUGCAUUGGAAUAUAAUUCAUAAAAGAAUAACACGAAGACAUGUUGACAUGAAAUUUUUCGGAGUAUGAUCGAGGUAUUCACUAGAUAAGGUUAACAAUAUGUUCAAAUCUGAUAAAAAACCGAAAUACGUUGCCGUUGAAGAUACAGAUGAACCGGAAACGUUAGAUAUAGUACCAAUGAAACGAAAAAUUUGUACACCAGCAUGUCUUUGGUCAUCUUUAUUCACUGGAUUGCUUAUUGGAACUUAUUACAUUCCUUCAAUUGGACUGACUUUUUACCAGAGAUGGUUAUACCAGAAUUUUCGAUUUCCCUUGAUAACCGUCCUAAUUCAUAUGACUGUGAAGUAUCUCUUAGCAACUUUGAUACGUUUGAUACUGAUAAAACGGCAGGGCAAGAAAAGAGUGCUGGUAGGAUGGAAAGACUAUAUCCUUGCUGUGGCUCCAACUGGUAUUUUCAGUGGACUAGACAUUAGUUUGUCAAACUGGGGUUUGGAACUAGUCAACAUAUCUUUGUAUACUAUGACAAAAUCUACAACUAUAGUUUUUAUACUGUUUUUUUCCAUACUGUUCAAACUGGAAAAGAAGUCCUGGAGCCUCAGUGGCAUAGUUAUGAUGAUAACCUUAGGGCUGAUUCUCUUCACUUACAAAUCAACUCAGUUCAACUUAUUGGGCUUUGCACUGUUGCUGAUGGCUUCUAUAUCCAGUGGUGUGCGGUGGACUUGUGUCCAGAUGUUAUUGCAAAAGUCAAAAAUGGGGAUGACCAACCCAGUUGACAUGAUCUACCACAUGCAACCCUGGAUGAUAGCAUCUGUAUUGCCUUUUGCCAUAUGGAUGGAAGGUCCUGCAGCAGUCAGAAAUUGUCAAUUAUUUGGCUAUGAUGAUUUCUCAAUGUUUUUCAUACUAGUCAUGAAUAUUUUAUUGGGUGCAUUCAUAGCGUUUUUCAUGGAAUUCAGUGAAGUCACUGUUGUUACCUAUACUUCUGGCUUAACUCUGGCCAUAGCUGGAAUUUUCAAGGAAGUGUUUCAACUGGUCCUGGCCGUCCAAUGGAAUGGAGACGAACUAUCCCCGUUGAACGUUCUAGGACUAAUCGUCUGCCUUUGCGGCAUCUCCUUCCACGUCGUUCACAAAAUACGGACGCAAACCUCCGUCAAAUCUCCGACUCGCUCCUACGAAACCGUCGACGACAUCGGCGAGCACCUGAUGAAAGGUAACACCCUGUAUGGCCUGUCCGAGGACAGCGAGGAAGACAAGAGCGACACGGAGGUGCUGUUCGAUAUAUUGAACAGACCCGGUAGGUAGUAGAUGGGCUGUGAGAGUACGGGCGCAUCUUGUGGGAGGGGCUAAACAGGGUUUGCUGAUUGGUCGUGACGUCACCAAUGUCACUUUUGGGGAUGUGGAGAAACGUUUGGUUGCUUUUCAUCGAGUUCAAGGUGUCUCCAGAUGCCAGCCGUUUGCAACCAUUAUUCAGAAGAAUCAAUAAAGAGAGACAAAAAUGCCACAAUUCUGCAGACUUUCGUGACGAAAUUUCCCAAGAAUCUCUUAGUCUUGAGAUUUUGUUUCUCGUUCAAAAAUUUUUUAAUUUCAUUGGGAUCAUGUCACCUCCUUGAAAUUUGGAGUAUUUGAGAAGAAUGACGUUGGUGACAUUGGUGUACGUACUGCAAUUUCCAAUUUUCGGAAACGAUUGGCUUUAGAGAGUGGGAACGUAUUGGUACAUAGUAUUUUCAUUUUUUGGGAGGGGCUAAAUGAAUUUGAUUGGCUGUUUUUCCUGUUGGGGACCCAGUGUAGUUUUUUUGAAAAAGUUGUAAGAUAAAAUCCUGUAUUCGUGGUCAUCGCUCUUGUUCACCCCAUGAUUCCAAUGAUCUCACUAAUUUCAUGUGAGUAAAUUGAUAUUGACUGAUGUACUCGGUACAUGAAAGUGCAUAGCAUUUUAUAAUUAAUUAAACUAACGUUGGUUGCAUCUUGAUGCAUUCCAAUAGUUUAUGCAAUCAACUCAUAAGAGAAAAAAAUAUUUUUUAUGAAGUUGAUAUUUGGAAUAUCUCAUCAAUUCACUUUAUUCAAUCAAUCACCCAUCUUAGUUAUUAUGAUGAGUGACAUUAUUUGUUAUUUUUAUUAUUUAUUUAUUUUUAUUUUCCAUUUGUAUAUUUUGUUUGUACUGUAAAGUGUAGAAUAUGUAAAUAACUACUUUCGCUUCGGUAUCCACCAAAUAAAUUCGUCAAAUGUAAUAUUUAUAUACAUUUAUUAAAUUUUUCGAAGAUUUAUACAAUAAAUAUGAACUAUUCU